CUUGCUCGCAACCAUGCGCGAAGCUGCUCCGACCUCGCUCCCGCAAGUCAACCUUGAGACGAUCGGCGUGGCAAAAUGCAAGCAGUGCGGCCGCGACUCUUCCUUCGGAUACAAGCGCUGCGCGGAGUGCCGCGCCAAGCGGGCGGCGACGGCUCGACGGGCUGCUGAGCGCAAAAAACGCGCCUUGCUGGAGCAGACCUCGGCCCUGAAAGACGCGACUCCGCGCGAAAGCGCCACUUCGGCACUGCCACUCGUGCUGCCCCCGUUUGAUGGUGGGCGGAAGCAGAAACUGGAGCCGAUGGCACAGGCCCCGGCUCUGAAAGACGCAACUCCGCGUGCGAACGGCGCUUCGGCAUCGCUCCCUAUCCUGCCCUUGUUCGGCGGUGGGCGGAAGCGGAAACUUGAGCUAAUGACAGAGACCGAGGACGCGAUAGAGCGAAUAAAGAAACGGUUCAAGGGAGAUGACCCAUUUUUCAAGGCAAAGUCAUACAUACCGGUCGAGAAGAAGAUAGACUCGUUCGAAAAGUUCGCCGGUUCCUCUGAUGUACACAAAUUCAUCAAGCUCCGCUAUCCGGCUACUGGAACCGGUGUCUCCCUUCGAUGCACUUACGCUCUCGUUGCCGAUCCGGCUGUAGACCACAAAGCCCGCGCGGGCUUAGUUGCUCAAGAGUUGAGGCAGAAAACGUCGUUGUCAUUCGGCACCCUAGUCCAUCAUAAAUAUCGCACAUCAACCUCGUAUACUCUCGUUAUGACGUGCACUUGCUCUCCCCCGGGAGAAAUCAAGCGCGCCAGCAGUGACAUUUUCCUCCACUUUGCGGCUUUGUCAAACAAGAUGCAUUCUUCAGUCAAGGCAGGCUCAUCCAUAAACGAAUGCUCCGGUCGAGUGAAGAUCCGCGUCGAGGAAGACAAAUCCCAUCCUCGCUGGAUCGGCCAGCGGGUCAAAAUCUUCAUCGAUCAUCCGCGCCGACUGAACGACAUCUGAACGUCGCAUACGAAUCCCAUACAUAUCCUACAUUCCCCAAUACUCCCUUGCCACUGACCUGUACCGUACCGCCUGCCCAUUAGUUGCUAUGCUUUUGCACGAAUUGCACUAUUUCCUCGACCACCCGCUCGCCCUGUUCCUGUUGCACCCAGUGCCCCGCCCCCUCGACGAGAACGAGCGCGUCGAAGUGGGCGCACGCGGACUCGCACAUCGCUUCAACACCGCCGGGACGCUGGUACGUCCCCCAAUCUUCUUUGCCCGCGAGGAACAUGGCGGGAACGACGAUCUGCAUCCCCGCAAACAGCUCGAGAUCCGCCUGCCAGUUGCGGCUGGUCAUGACUCGGUAGGAGUUGAGACCGCCCUGGAAUCCUGUGCGCGAGAACUCUUGCACGUAGAAGUCGAGGUCGUCUUCCGGGAACCACGAGAGAUCGUCCUCCGAUGGCUGGUACGGGCGCACCGCCUCGGGCAUGGACGCGUGGAGAGGCAUCACGUAGUAGUCUGGCAGCGACGCGAGUGCAGGAACCAGUGGACCCGACAGCGAUUUCGGGGCGUUUUCUGUCCAAUCAGCGCUCUUGACGAAGAAGUAGUUUCGCAGGAAGGAGCGCAACCCUUCCGGGGGAUAGAUCAGAUCUUUAUUGGCAUGGUCGGUGCUGAAGUACAGCAUGUAGUGCUUCCGAGGAGGAUUGAGUUCAGCCAACGGACCGGCGAGGGCGGGAAAGUCGCUCGAUGCGGGCGAAGGGGAGAGUGCUGGAGGGCCUGCGAACGGAGCACUCAUGAGCACGACUGAUUGGAAGACAUCGGGGCGGAUGAGAGCGCAGUAGGCUGCAACGGGCGAGCCAAAGUCGUGCCCCACGACGGCGGCGGCAGACCGGUACCCGAGAGCGAACACAAGCCCGAGAACAUCUUUGACCAGAUUCGUAACCUGGAACGGAGAGAGAUCGUCCCCGUAGUCGAUCCUCCGCGCAGGCGAGUCGCGGGAAACGGUGCGCCCGUAGCCCCGCUGGUCCGGCGCCACGACAUGGUAUCCCGCGUCCGCCAAAGGCCCGAUCACUUUGCGCCAGGAGCUGAAACACCGGCAUGUGAGUCAAGACGCGGCGAACAAGAGCAGGCUGGGAUUACUAGGCCAGUUCGGGGAAGCCGUGCAGGAGAACGAGCAGAGGAGCGUGCUCCACUCCUUCUGGGAACGCUUCCAGAAUAUGCAUGUCGAGGUCUCCGACGGUAAUAGACCGAGACUGGAUGUCUUUCGCAGUGAUCAUGCUGGUAGAUGGCAAGACAGCUUCUUCCAACACUCGAACGGAAUGAUCCAUCUGUCAUCCCAGGCGGAACCGGAUGAUAUACUUGGCUGAACAUUCACACACAUGCAUAAGCAGAACAAAAAGGCAAAUGAUUCCGCGACUCCUCGGCACUACGAUUCGCGGGACCUCAUCGAGAAAAUCUUGUUUCAAAAUUCAGAAUCUUAUCCAAGAGCGGUUGGCAGUCUUUUCGGCUAGGAUUGAGUCCUUGGACGAUUUGACAGGCUGGACUUCGAAUACACGCCAAUCUCAGAUUGAUGCGUUGAGAUGCUCCAGUGAUGCAAACACGGCUUCGAGAUUUUAGUGAGCGAAGGGACUGGGAAUGAUAAUAUGGUGGCAAAUAGCUGGGACUUGAAGGUGGUUGAAUGUUACUGGCAAAAAGGAGUGAGUGGCAGUGCUGCUCGGAUCACAGACAUUAGUCAUUGCUGCGAGCAGAUCUCCCUUCGGAAUUGUGGCUCUAUAUCCAGAGGCUCGCCACCGCCUAUUAUUCGCCUCUGAAUAUCGCGUAUGACAGUGACUUUGUGUAUCGAUAUGAUCGUGCUGUGAAUCCAUUUGA